AUGUCGCUCUCCGCACUGUCAAGACUGCCCCUUCUGGGCUCCCUCAUUCCUAAGGCACGAUUCACCAGUAUCAACACGAUCAUCGCAUUCAGACCACUCAGCACAUGCCUGUCAACCUCAAGAACCGUAGUACAAUCAAAGAUCGCACAACCUGCGCUUUUAGUAGCGUCGCAGUUCCGAGGAAUGAAAACUCGCUCUUCAGUCAAAAAGCUAUGCGAGGGCUGCAAGGCUGUCCGCCGCAAGGACCGCGUUUUCAUCAUUUGCGACAAGAAUCCUAAACACAAGCAGAGACAAGGAAAAUAG